AAAAUAAAAUCUCCCAAUCAAUUAACCCAAAUAAUCUUUCUCUUUCUAUGAUGAAAGAUUAGAGAGAGAGAAGCUCUCUCUUUCUUUUGCCUCACAUAUAAAUAUAUAGUCUCUCUCUAGAUUAUGUUCCUUAUACAUGGAUUGAUUGAGAGCAUUAUUAUUAUUAUUAUUUUUUAUAAACAAACAACACAAGUGUGUGAAAGCGAGAAGAACAAACAUGUCUCUAUCUCGCACGUGCUCACACUGCGGCAACAACGGCCACAACUCUCGAACAUGCAACGACGGAGGAGGAGGUGAUGGUGGUGGCGGUGGAGGAGAAAACAGCAUCAUGAUUUUCGGUGUUAGACUCACUGCAGGAACCACCACCACAGCCGCCGCCAACACCACCACCACCACCACCACCCACAAUAAUCCUUUCAGAAAAAGUGCCAGCAUGACAAAUCUCUCUCAAUAUCAACAACAGCCUCCUCAAGAUUCAACAUCCGCCGAUGCCGGUUAUGUCUCCGAUGAUGUUGUUCAUGCUUCCGGCCGAUCCCGUGAACGCAAACGAGGUGUUCCUUGGACGGAGGAAGAACACAAGUUGUUCUUGUUGGGGUUGCAACAGGUUGGUAAAGGUGAUUGGAGAGGAAUUUCUAGAAACUUUGUCAAAACUCGCACACCAACUCAGGUUGCAAGUCAUGCUCAGAAAUAUUUCCUCCGCCGUCAUAACCAAAACCGCCGCCGCCGGAGAUCUAGUCUCUUUGAUAUCACCACUGAUACGGUGAUGGAAUCUUCAACUAUGAUGAAAGAUGAACAAUUUCAACAAGAAACUGUGGUGCCUCUACCACCACCUACCCCCACUGCAUAUCCAUCCUCCCACUAUGGCGGCAUCCCCGGGACCCCUUUCCCGAUUGGUCUUGGUCCGGUAGCAUUGCCGGUGAUGAGUGGUGAAAUUGCAGCCAAGCCAAUUAGACCAACACCAAUGUUGCCUCCUUCUUCUAAGAUGGCUAAUUUGAACUUGAAAGACAAGGCAUCUUCUGCUUCUUCUUCCAUUGAGCCUUUCCCAUUGUCAUUGAAUUUGCAUUCUUCGCCUCCGUCGAACGAUCAUUCACCAGAAACUAGCGGCCAUUCGUCGCCAUCGGCUUCGUCAUCGGCUUUUAAUUCUAUGUCUGCAGGCAAUUAUAGUGGUGGGGGUGGGGAUAGCAUUAUCAGUGUUGCCUGAAAAUAUAGUUUGGUUAAGUUUUGAUCACUUGGGUUUGUAAAUUGAGGCAAAGUUGGAAAUAUACCCAAGGGGGAAAAAAAAGAAAUAAAGAAAUAUUAUUUAAUUAAGUAGAGAGGAUAAUAUAAUAUAAGUAGGAGGGACUAGGAAUAAUAUAAUAAUAAUAUGAUAUGAUUAUGAUGAUUAAGAAUUUGGGAAAAAAAAAAGGAGAAGAUAAUGUUAGAUUAUGUAGGUGAUUAGCCAAAUUAAUUGGUGGUUUUUGGUGUACAUGUUUGGAUUAAUGGAUAGAUUAUUAGAAUGAGAAAGAGAAAAUGGGUUUGGCAUAUUCUAUUCUAUUGUAUGGCUGUUGAGGGAUUCUUCUUGUUUCUAUUUGUCUGAGGGAGUGUGACCUUGUUGAAGUGAUUGGGCAGUGGGUACUCUUUGGUCUCUUAUUGGUCUGUUUCUUGCAACUUGCUAUAUUAAUUUUUAGAUAUUAGUUUGGACAAAAA